CGAUUCUGUUAUGACUUCAGAACCCCUAGCUGGUUAGGGUAUGCAUCUGACCUCCGUCACCGACUCACCGUAAAAUUAGCCGGAGAAUCAAUCACCUGUGAUUGAGCUGCUGAUGAGAAUCAGUGUCAUGUCCCAAAUGCAGCGAAGCUUCUCGAUCGAUUUGCCUUCACUGAUUCCUCUGCAACUUCCAUCUCGUAGGGAGACUCACCUAUGGUAUGUUAUACCAGAUGAAGUGAAAAGCACAUCUCUUUUGAAACGCUACUCUCAGCUUCUCUCACAAACUGAGAAAGAUGGAGUUGAUCAGAUGCGUGGCGAUGAGCUCAAGAAGAAUGCUUUGCUUGCCCGCACCUUGGUUCGAACCACCGUUGCUAGAUAUCAGACAAACAAGGAGGUCGAUCCUCGAUCCUUGAUGUUCAAGAAGAAUGUGUAUGGGAAGCCUGAGGUAGAUUGGCAGAACUGUAAGAACUGCAAUCAUCAGCCAUUGCAUUUCAACAUCUCCCACACAGAUUCUUUAAUUGCCUGUGGGGUGACAGUACAUGUUCCGGUUGGUAUUGAUGUUGAAGACAAGGAAAGGAAGAUAAAACAUGAUGUCUUAGCGUUCGCAAAAAGAUUUUACUCUGCUGAUGAAGUGAACUUUUUGGCAACUAUACCGGACCCGGAAGCUCAGAGAAAGGAAUUUAUUAAGCUAUGGACUCUUAAGGAGGCGUAUGUGAAAGCAUUAGGAAAAGGCUUCUCCGCUGCACCUUUUAAUACCUUCACAAUCCAGUCUAUACCUGGAACAGAGGAAGGCUACAGUCUUUGCAAGACAUCUGAAGUGACAGCCGAUCCACUGGAGGAGACAAAGAAAUGCAACGGAGAAUGGAAGUUUGCCCCUUUGGAGCUGGCAGAUUCUCAUUAUGCUGCAGUCUGUAUUGAAGAUGAUCAAGCUAACGAAGGAGCUCCUAUGAGGGUGAUUGUUCGGAAAACCAUCCCCUUUGUAGAAGACCAACUUAUUUCUGAAAGAAUAUUUUUGUAGUUGUGCGCAACCUUCAACCUUCUGUAAUCAUUUUUAUAUACAUCACUUUCUGAGCAUCGUGUUUGUGAGACUCUUGAAGAAUCACCAGUAAUCCUUGCACGA